AUGGGCUUUCGGGGUGUGGGGACGACCAAUGCUUUUAUUGGAAACUUCUUUGCUGUUGCGGGGAUUGGCAUGGUGAUGUCGGCGAAUUGGGAGCUCGUCCUGGGUAACACUUAUGCGUACACCGUGCUCGGAGCUUUUGGUCUCUUCUACCUCGGCUUUGGGUUCAUCAUUACGCCAUACUUUGGGGUGGCCGAGUCGUAUGGUGGAGCUGAUACCCCCGAGUACAACAAUGCGCUGGGUUUCUGGGUCUUGAUGUGGGCAGUGUGGAACGUCUUUUUCCUGAUUGGCUCUCUACCCCUAAACCUGGUGUACAUUGGAAUCUUUGCGACCGUGCAAGGCGCCUUCACGCUUGUCGCAGCAGGUUACUUCCUUGCCGCUGAUGGUAGCCCUCAUGCGACAGCAGUGAACAAGGCUGGUGGCGCCUUCGCCUUCGCCUCGGGAAUGUUGGGGUACUACACCGUCGCGAACCUAAUGUGUCAGGAAGCAUUGGGAUUCUCGUUCCCGAUGGGGGACACAAGCAGAUUCUUCAGACGAAAGCAGAAGCAGCGCUAG